GUAAGUCUGAGCUAUUGCCGGAACAAGUAAUUGUGAACUACACGCGGGCAAAAAUGGUACGGUUUCUCGAUGUGUCUUGAAGGAAUUUUAAUGGCAAUUUCCCUCAGAAAAUGCUAAUUGGAGUUUAUUGAUUUUCCCAAAAAUAGCCCCCUGCGAUGGGAGAUUGCCAUUUGAAUUAUCCCCCCAGUGAGGAGAAGUUUUGCAAGUAUUCAUAUUCAAGUUGGUGCCCCACUUGCGAGAGAAACUCCCCGAGACGGCGCUCCCGCAGCGAAACCAUCAGCGAAUGUCGGCGAAAGUGCAAGGAAAUGAAGAGUUUAUCCCCUAAGAAGUACGUCCGGAGUCGAGAGUACGAAAACAUGGAUUUGGAAUUGAAUUACAAUUUUUAUGAGCCCCCUAGAGAAAAUUACAAAACCCGAUCAAGUCAGCUCUGUGAAUUACCAACCUCCUAUAUAUCAAACAAUUGCCAAACGUCAAAAUUACUACCAACCGAAUUCGUCGACAAAAACGCCAAAAGUUAUGAACCCUCCCUCAAAAUGAAACAAGAAGACUUUUACGACGUCUUCAAGUACGAAAAACCGAAACACCUCAACGCCUUCGCCAAAAAGCCCCAUAAGGAGCUCCCGAGGAGCCCCUACACCGUCUACGACAAUCAUCUCAGUUUUGACACCAGCACCUAUUUUGAUAAAAUCCGCGAUGCCUCAAACUUGCACGAGCGCUACAUCAAAGAAAUCGAAUCGGUGAGGGAACGCAUUGCUCUGUGGAAAGCGGGCAAAAAACUCGAAGUUGAAGUCAAACCCCAAAAAUGUCUUCCGGUGCACAACAAUCAAAAGUUUCACGAAAGCAAACUGGAACAAAAGUAUGUGAAGGAAUUGGAGGCGGUGAAGCAGAGACUUGCACUCAAAAGUGUCAAUAAAUCGGACGUUGACGAUAUUAUUACCAUAAGUCAGAGCGAAAUUGGCCCCAGACCCAGGAAAAUCGCCAUCAAAACGAAAAAAGUCAACUUGAGCAAAAUAAAGAAGGUGCGUCUGCCCUCCAGCAAGAUCGCCGGCAACGCGCCCAUCUCCGAAUUCACAGAAAGCGACUACAGCGGCUCUGACGAAAGCGAAGCCGAAGAAGUGUUAAAUGCCGACGACGAAUCGGAAAGUCCGAGUGAGGCCACGUGCAAUGGCACUGAACCCGAAAUUAUCAUACCACAAAUUCCUGAAGGUGGAGACGCCUCGGGUUGGCCUCUCCGUCCGAGUCUUUUCCCUCACAUCCCGCCAUACAUUCGUUUCAGUACCCACGACGCCGACAGCCCCAUUCAAGUCCCCGCCGGGCGUCGGCUAUUCAAGUGGAAACUAAGCACGAUAACGCCAGCUGUGGUUCGCAAAACACUAACGAAUUCGGGCUUUGCGUUGGUCAGAAGUGAGUUCAGUCGAGAAUCGAACCAAUGGCUGGGCACGUGGGGCAAACACAUGAAAUCGCCGAUGUUCAAGACGUUGAAAGAGACGCAAAAGUUGAAUCAUUUCCCUGGAACGUUUCAAUUGGGGCGCAAAGACCGGCUGUGGCGUAAUUUCCAAAGAUUUAUCAAUAAAUUCGGAUACAAAGAAUUCGGGUUCAUUCCUCAAACAUAUGUUCUACCUCACGAACUGAAAAUACUCAAACAAAAUUGGGAGUAUAAAAAUGGCGGUGGAGAAGCAUGGAUUGUGAAACCUCCGGCGUCUGCCCGCGGAGCCGGCAUUAAAGUGAUAAACAAGUGGUCCCAACUGCCUAAAAAAAUGUCACUGGUUGUACAAAAAUACAUCUCAAAUCCGUACCUGAUAAACGGGAGCAAGUUUGAUCUCAGAUUGUACGUCUUGGUCACGAGUUUCAAUCCAUUGCGCAUUUACUUGUAUCCAGAUGGCUUGGCGAGGUUUGCAAGUGCCAAAUACAGUUCCGAUUCAAAAGACCUCAAAGACCGGUAUGUGCAUUUAACCAAUUACAGUAUAAAUAAAUUGUCGAGUCAGUACACGGCCAAUGAGGACGCCAAUGCCUGUCAAGGUCACAAYUGGACUAUAACGAAACUACUCGAGUACAUGUCGAAGCAAGGUAUCGACACUAAAGCCCUCUGGCGGAACCUCCAACAACUCGUGAUUAAAACAAUCAUCACGGGUGAAGCCCCUAUUCAUCAAUUGUGCGAAGAAAACAUGCUCAGUCGGUAUAAUUGCUACGAGUUGUUUGGUGUGGAUGUUCUACUUGAUGAAAAUCUCAAAGCUUGGCUUCUUGAAGUGAAUAUUUCGCCGAGUUUGCAUUCGGCGAGUCCUCUCGAUGCCCACGUCAAGGGCCCCCUUGUCCAAAUGUUGUUCGAUCUCGCUCAAUUCCAUCUUCCACCCAGACUGUCCCAAACCGUUCGUCAGAGUCCCCAGUGUUUCGAACCGAAACUGUACACGACUGCCCUCACGAAGAAAGAGCGCGAAAAACACACACUUUUCGAACAAUACGAGUCUCGGCACGACUACCUCGACGAUAUUUUGACCGAAUUGACUGGAGAUGAUGUCCGGAAGUUGACACAGGCCGAGGAUGAGUUUACAGUCAAGGGGCGUUUCGAGAGAAUUUUUCCGACGUCGCAAACGCACAAAUACUUGAGUUUUAUGGAAGUUAGGUAUUAUAAUAGGCUGUUUGAUGCGUGGGAGAGCAAGUUUGAGAAGAACAGACAAGAAGGGAUUAAUUUAUUGAGGGCGUUAUGCGCCGAAAAAGUGCACUUAAAAGUGGCCCCCCAGAGUACGUUAAAUAAGGCGAGAAAUUUCGUAUUGGCAACACUGCAAAGCGUUUGCUCACAAUGUCGCAAAUUUGCUGAAUACGACCCAUGGGUGUGCGAGUCUGCAACCGUCGAAGGAAGGUCUGAGUCGGCCGCUCGCAGAAAUAUUACAAGAGGUCAAAAUCGAAAACCCUAGCUGUAAUUAACUCAUGUAUGGAAUUUUUGAAGUAUGUUUCUUUUCUUGUCAAUGAGGAAAAACACCAGCAUUUACAACUGCCAAAUUUGUACGUUAUUUUUAAUUCCCUGUUAAAUUAUUGUAGCGAGAUUAUUCCAUUUACAUUUGCAUUUACAGCAAAGUGUUUUUUAAUUGAUUUUUUAUUAGUGUAUUUGAGUCUGAUGAAUAAAUAUUUCUUUAAAUUAA